GACACAAACCAGUGACAAUUUUCAGGAAAGCAACACAACAUUGCUGUUUGGUUUUGUCAAGAUGCAUGUACAGUUUCUCAUCCUGGUUUUUGGCCUGAAUCUUUAUGCUGUAACUGCAUUCAAGAAUGGACAGGUGAGUCUGGCAUGCAUGUCUAUGACUCCUGGACAUGAGACUAACUUAAACUCUACAUUAGAACCUCCAUAUACUGUCACCUCAGACGCCUCAAACUACACAGAUGGUCAGGUGAUCACAGUGACACUACAAGCAAAUAACACUGGAUUCAAGGGCUUUCUUCUUCAGGCCAGGGAUGAGAAGGGUCCAGUAGGAACUUUCACAGUCCUAGGAAACAAUUCUCAAUUACUCUCCUGUGGAACAGAGGGAUCAGCUGUCAGUCAUACUUCAAAUGAUGUCAAAUCAACUAUUGUGGCUCAGUGGAAAGCUCCCAACAUUAACAACACAGAUAUUCACUUCAGGGCAACAUUUGUGCAGAAUUUCUCUCUCUUCUGGGUUGGCGUUCAAAGUGAUUCUGUUAGAUUUCUGGCAACAAAUCAUUCAAACGUGACGGUCUCCCCACCGAACGCAACAGUCUCCACACCGAACGCAACAGUCUCCACAACCAUUCCGACAGUCACCACACCCAACCGAUCAACUGACGUUAUUCCAUCAAUGUUUCUCACAUGGUGUUUUCUUGUUAUGCCUCUGCUGGCAAUUAUUUAAAAAGCUUUAAUCAAAUCAGUUUUAUAUGCUUUUAGUUUAAAAUGGUGGUGUUAAAAAAAAAAAUUUAUGGUCUCAAAAUAUAUUACAUUUUUCAAUGAUGAAAAUUGAAAUUUUACUGAAAUUGUAAUAUAUUUUUUGACCCUACUGUCAUAUUUAUAUUUACAGUAUAUAGUGAAGCUUGUAUCAAAUGUUAAGACUAUGUAUCCUGUUAAAUGUCUGUCUCAGUAGUGGGACAUGUUGCACUUUUUUUUCCUAUCAGAUCAUCAUAAAUUAGGUAUGAUUUGAAAGCUUAAACACACAAAACUUGAAAUUAGACAUUGCAUUACCAUGAUAAUGGGCUUAAUUUUUUAACAACAACUUGGUUAGACAUAUGGCUUUGAUUUUCUAGCAGUUUGAGAGUCCACUUAGUACAGUACAUUUGCUCUCAUUGAUUUUACUUCUGCAAGAGUGUCUUUUACAGGUUAGUUACAAACGCAUGAAUGCUUACAGUAUGGGUGAAGUCUGGAUGUAUGAAAUAAAGACAGCCAAGAUCUCAAA